AUUUGGUAAACGUUGUGCAAUGGUGCGGGAAAAGUUUUGAAAGAGUGUGAGAAACAAUUGAAGCUAAGUGCCUGAAGUAGGUCGGUUCAAGAAGAAGCCUUCAUGUUGCAUCCGUACAGAAUGGAGGGGUACCUCAUCUCACCUGGUCCUGCAUCAGAAGACAUGUACGAACCCGACAUCUAUAGACAACAGAUGUCAGAAUAUUCAUAUCCCUAUGUCAUCGAUGCAGAGAGUCAAGGAGAACACUGGGACUAUCACGCCACUCAUCAUGUUCAUCCUCUGGACUUUGACAACCUCCAAGAGGGCCACUUCACUGAGCUCCAGAGUGUCCAGCAACUACAUCUACCCAGUAUGGCUCGUUACAGCGAUGUUGACACUCUCUCUCUGGACCCUGGCCUUGGGGGACACAACCAUGCCCUACCCCCACCGGUGCCAUAUUACCCCCGUGCCAUGGGCUACUUGCACCCCUCUCCUCAGACGAUGAGGAGCUCAGACGACGAGGAGCCAGGAAGCCGCAGCCCUCCACUAGAAGUGUCUGAUGAGGAGUGUCUGAGAGACCACAUUGCCCAAGUAACAAGGGGAGAAUUGGGCAACAAGAAGAAGAUCCGUCUGUACCAGUUCCUGCUGGAUCUGCUGAGGAAUGGGGACAUGAAGGACAGUAUCUGGUGGGUGGACAGGGACAAGGGCACCUUCCAGUUCUCCUCGAAACACAAGGAGGCACUGGCACAUCGGUGGGGCGUACAGAAGGGCAACCGCAAGAAAAUGACCUACCAGAAGAUGGCACGGGCUCUUCGCAACUACGGCAAGACAGGCGAGGUCAAAAAGGUCAAGAAGAAGCUGACUUAUCAGUUCAGUGGUGAAGUGCUAGGGGGGAGGUCUCACUUGGAGAGGAGGCCAUAUUCCCAUUUGUAGAGGGAGAAACAUAGUGGAAGUCCUGAAAAGGGUAGUGAGAGAGAGAGAUAGUUAACUGUAUAUAGUAUGCAAGAUGGUUAUCAAUGUAAUAACUAUUGAUUGUGUUCAAAUCAACAAUAACUGUUUUUGCUGCUUUUGUAAAAAGCAUUUAUGUGAACGUCAAAGCCAAUGUCUUAAUGGAAUCUGACAAUUAGCAAGUUUUGCUCCUACAACUCAAUAAUUGCACAAUCACAUCUGGACCUUUUACAUUCUAUAGCACGUAGAAACAGGACCAUUUCAAAUGAUACUGUCAAUCAUUAUCACCAGAAGGCUUACAGGAGUGGUAAUACAGAUGACCACUAGAAGUCCUCAGAGAUCUCAUUUCUUAAAGCUGGCUGUUUUCACUGACUUCUACGCACUGUUGGACUCACUGAGCAUUGUACACAUUUGACAUCGAUUAGACUUGGAUGCAAUGUAAACAAACAAAAAGACUAUGAUAAAGAACUCUUUAGCAUUAAUGAAAUUGAUUUGACACUCUGAGAUGCACUGACGUUGGAUACGCAAUUCCUAUUGCUUAACCUUUGGUGUAGCAGCACACAAACACAACAUAUUAUACAUUAGCUUUUGCUAAUCAGAAUUGAGAAUUCAGCCAAGCCAUGGUAUAAAGCGUGUAUAUUUGAUUGAUGGUAUUACAUGUGUAUUACAUACUAACUCAUGUUAGCUCAAGACUUUGGGAAGUAAACCCUUCUGAACAUUGGGUGGUUUAACCUGCAAACUUUUUGGACUGUCCCCAUGACCAUUACUUCCCUGUAACAACCCAUUGACUUGUUCCUGAAAUGGGAGAGGGUGAAGAGGCUUGUCACCCAACCCUUAUCAUCUGCUUGUGCUCUGAGAUAUAGCACAGACCCUUGCCUCCUCCGAGCUAGGGUGCAAUCUAUUCCUAGCCUAGGAAUACCAACACAAGGAUAUUUCUCCCAUGCUCUCAAUCAUAGACCCCUGUUUGAACUGUAUGAAAGUGUAUAUGACCAGUUGUUCUUCCGUACUCUAUGUGCUCUCUGUAUAACACAUGUUGGCAAGUUUGUAUGUUGGCAUGACUCAAUUACAUAUCUGCACGUGAUGAACUCGAAAGCAUUUCUAUUUCUCACACGUCGUGUGGUUUUAGUUGACUCAUCCUCACAUUGUUCCAGCACAUCACAGACUGGCUUUAGCAAAUCCUCUGGGAAUCACAGCCAUCUACGCAGAACCCCAGUGGCCGAGCCUGAUAAUAUAUAGACAUGUGGGCAGACGUGGAAACUUUACUGGGCCCACUGGCAGCAUGCAAGGCCAGCCCAUCCCCCACCAUCCACCCACCCCCAGCCCCAGCCCAGUUAUGUGGCAGCCGAAGCCUGUAGGUGUAAAUAAUUAUGGGUGCAAAUCAAUCCCAGAACAACAGCAAAGGACCUUGUGAAUAUACUGGAGGAAACAGGUACAAAGGUAUCAAUAUCCACAGUGAAACGAGUCCUAUAUUGACAUAACCUGAAAUGCAAGGAAGAAGCCACUGCUCCAAAAACGCCAGACUACAGUUUGCAACUGCACAUGGGGAUUAAUAUCAUACUUUUUUGGAGAAAUGUCCUCCGGUCUGAUGAUGCAAAAAUAGAACUCUAUGGGCAUAAUGACCAUCGUUAUGUUGUGAGGAAAGGGGGGGAAGCUUGCAAGCCGAAGAACACCAUCCCAACCAUGAAGCAUGAGGGUGGCAGCAUCAUGUUGUGGGGGUGCUUUGCUGCAGGAGGGACUGGUGCACUUCACCAAAUAGAUGGUAUCAUGAGGGAGGAAAAUUAUGUGGAUAUAUUGAAGCAACAUCUCAAGACAUCAGUCAGGAAGUUAAAGCUUGGUCGCAAAUGGGUCUUCAAAAUGGACAAUGACCCCAAGCAUACUUCCAAAGUUGCAAAAUGGCUUAAGGAUAACAAAGUCAAUUGCCACCGUGCUUCUACACCUGCAUUGCUUGCUGUUUGGGGUUUUAGGCUGGGUUUCUGUACAGAACUUUGAGGUAUCAGCUGAUGUAAGAAGGGCUAUAUAAAUACAUUUGAUUUUACACCAGCUCUGUCAGGAGGAAUGGGCCAAAAUUCCCCUAACUUAUUGUGAAAAGCUGGUGGAAGGCUACUUGAAAUGUUUGACCCCAGUUAAACAAUUUAAAGGCAAUGCUACCAAAUACUAAUUGAGUGUAUGUAAUCUUCUGACCCACUGGGAAUGUGGGAAAUAAAAGCUGAAAUGAAAUAAAUAAAAGCUGAAAUAAAUAA